GUGGGUCGGAGCCGCUGUCCCUGGCCUCGCAUGUUUCCCUCUGGAUUCCUGUUUUCAGUUUGAUGCCCCUGUUGUAGAUGCGCUCCGUUGAACGCCUUUGAAGGGCCACAGUCGGGCGUGCGUGCAGUGGUCUUUAGUUGCCCCCAACAUUUUAUUUUGAGGCGUUUCGAGGCUCCAACCCGAACAUGGCUGUUCAAGUUAGCGGAUCGUCUGGGCCGAUUGCCCGGCUCGAGGGCCGUGAAUUCGAAUACAUGAUGAAGAAGCGCUCGGUGACCAUCGGCCGGAACUCCUCGCAGGGCUCCGUGGACGUCAGCAUGGGCCACUCGAGCUUCAUCUCGCGGCGGCACCUGGAGAUAUUCACGGCCAGCGACGACGGCAGCGGCAGCGGGGACUUCUACCUGCGGUGUCUGGGUAAAAACGGGGUGUUUGUGGACGGAGUGUUCCUGAGACGGGGCGCCCCUCCUCUGCAGCUACCGCGAAUGUGCACGUUCAGGUUUCCCAGCACCAACAUUAAGAUCAACUUCACGGCUCUGUCCAGCGGGAAGAAGGCCAAGCGAGAGGCGCCAGAGUCCCCAGUGAAACCAGUACAGCCUCAGAUCUCCCCACUCACCAUCAACAUUCCAGACAACAUCGCUCACCUGAUGAGCCCGCUGCCGUCUCCCACCGGCACCAUCAGCGCUGCUAACUCCUGCCCCUCCAGCCCCCGGGGGGCCGGAUCCUCGGGCUACAGGAUGGGGGGCCGCAUGGUCAGCUCCGUGGAGCUGCAGCUCAUCAACGACAACUCGCAGCCAGAGAACGACAAAGAGGCGUCCGGAGGGGACAGCCCCAAGGACGACUCCAAGCCGCCGUACUCCUAUGCACAGCUGAUCGUCCAGGCCAUAACGCUGGCGCAGGACAAGCAGCUCACACUAAACGGCAUCUACAAUCACAUCACCAAGAACUACCCUUACUACAGGACCGCCGACAAGGGCUGGCAGAACUCGAUCCGUCACAACCUGUCGCUGAACCGAUACUUCAUCAAAGUGGCACGGUCGCAGGAAGAGCCGGGCAAAGGUUCGUUCUGGAGGAUAGACCCGUCGUCGGAGGCCAAGCUCAUCGAGCAGGCCUUUAGGAAACGACGGCCCCGCGGGGUCCCCUGCUUCCGGACGCCGCAUGGACCCCUCUCCUCCAGGAGCGCUCCAGCGUCUCCCAAUCACUCCGGGGUGCUCUCCGCUCACUCCAGCGGGGUGCAGACCCCGGACAGUCUGUCCCGGGAGGGCUCCCCGGUCCCCCUGGAGCCGGACACGCCCUCCGCUCCCCCCCCAGUUCCCACCGCCGCUGUCCAGCCCAAACUGGCAGUCAUCCAGGAAGCACGCUUUGCACAAAACACACCAGGCUCCCCGGUCAGCAGCCAGCCGGUCCUCAUAGCGGUCCAGCGCCAGUUACCUCAGACCAUCAAGCCAGUAACUUACACCAUGGCGUCCCCAGUGAGCACCAGCAGCUCCCAGCCCGCCGUCCAGACCGUCCACGUCCUGCAGCAGAUCCCGGCCGGCUCCACCGUCAUCGCCCAGCCGGCCGCCAUCAUCAAGAGCGAACCGCAGGAGAACGGGGAGCACACGGAGGUCAAAGUGAAAGUGGAGGCAGUUCCCAGCAUCGGUUCUUUAGGCGCCUCCAGUCGCAUCAUCCAGAGCUCCCAGUCGGCGGCGCCGCUGCAGACGGUCACCAUCGUGCAGCAGGUCCCGGUGGGUCAGCACCAGCUGCCCAUCAAGGCCAUCACCCAGAACGGCACCCACAGCCUGACCACCGCCCUGCAGGCGCCCUCCAGCUCAGCCCCGGCCGCCAGCCCCCUCCACCUGCUGGCCACCCACGCCUCCGCCUCCGCCUCGCUCCCCACCAAGCGGCAGAACGGAGACCAGCUGGCGGCGGAGCAGCCGGACGCCAAGCGAGGGAAACCCGAGGAGGAAACGCCCGCUGUUGCCGUGGAGACGGACUCGCCAGCAGCCGGAGAUCAACCAAACUAGCCGUCUGGACGCCUCGCCCGCCCCGCCCGCCGUCUCUCUCUCUCUCUCGCCCCGUCGUUUGUUUCGUUUCUCCGCCCGCCGCUGACGACCGAGGUGCCAAACGGAAAACCACGCCCACCGCCGCUUUAAAAACUGGAACAAAAAACUCGAAGGUUUCCGUGUGAGCCGUGACCGAAGCCUUAGCAACAACGAGCCGACCUUUGACCUCCGGCUCAGGCUGGACGCCGCCUUUCUGUCACAUCUACCUCAGAGCAGAUCGGAGCCUCCGGCAGCCGGCAGCCCCCCCACCGCGACGUGACCAACCAGACGGCUCGUUUCUCCGUUUAUCGUCCGAAUCCAGACAAAGUCAUAAAGGGAUCAACUUGGAGCCAAUCUUUAAUUCCUGGCAGCUAGCCGCUCAUUACUGACCCUGUUAAUCGCAGCUGUACGUAGAAAUUCAGUAUUCUGUGGUUCAACAUGUGGAGCAUAGCAGUUUUUUAUUGUAUUUACACUUAACUAGAGACGUAAUAAACUCAAGGAAGCGGAGACAUUUCAGAAACUAAGUUAGAGGACUUUUUACGUGAACUUUCUCUGUUUGGUGAAAACGCUGUAACAGUUUUUGGUAAGCCAUGCGCUUUACCCCCUCCCCUACCUGUUGCUUACGAUCCGGCUUCGUUGCUCGGCCUGCGCAGAUCUGCGUGUGCAGCUCCGGGCGCCGACCUGCAUGAAUCCGACGACAGAGAAGUCAGAGAGGCCAGAGCUGCACUUGAUUUAAAUAUUUUUAUUUCUCUUCCUGCUCCUCCUCUUCUUCUUCUGUUUCCGUCACACCCCCCUCAUGGUCCCUGCAGGCUGUGUUGAUGUUGUGGUGUUGGCAGACCCCCCAUCCCUCACACAUUCAUUUGCUAAUUACGUAUUUUGCUCUGUUGAGGCGACCUGGCGAGUCUGUUUCUGAUUGUACACGUUCCAAACAAUAGUAAGAAAAGAAAUUGAUGUUUGUUCUGCUUCAGUGGAGAAAUGCUUUUUUUUUUAAAAUAAAUUAAUUUAAAGUCCUUAAAAUC